AUGCGCCUUUUGAAAUUUGACCGUUGUGGGAAGCUGAGCCUAACCAAAGACUUGAUCGAAGAUAUUCCAAGCUACGCCAUACUUUCACAUACUUGGGACACGGAUGAGGAGAAUGAGGUUACUUUCAAUGAUCUAAAAGAAGGAUUCGGUCCGGAAAAGGCUGGGUAUGCGAAGAUUCGAUUCUGUGGGGAGCAAGCUAGGAAAGAUGGUCUACAACAUUUCUGGGUGGACACCUGCUGCAUUGAUAAAGCAAAUCAUACCGAGCUCUCGGAAGCCAUCACCUCGAUGUUUCGGUGGUAUCACGAUUCAGCAAAGUGCUACGUAUACUUAUCAGAUGUCACGGCUAACAAACGCGCAAUCGACGAGACUGAGCCGAAAUGGAAAUCUGCGUUUCAAAAAAGCAGAUGGUUCACACGGGGCUGGACGCUUCAAGAAUUACUUGCUCCGAAAUUUGUCGAAUUCUUUUCGCGAGAAGGUGAGCGACUAGGUGAUAAGACUACGCUUGAGCGGGAGAUCCACGAGACGACCCAAAUUCCGAUCGCGGCUCUCCGGGGCGGCCCUUUGGCCGAUUUCACGGUAGAUGAGAGAAUGCAGUGGGGAGAGAAACGGACAACCAAAAGGAAGGAGGAUAAAGCGUACUGUCUGCUGGGCUUAUUCAACGUGUCUAUGUCUCUCAGAUAUGGUGAGGGAGAAAAGGCCUUCAUUCGGCUUCAAGAAAAGAUCGAUAAGUCGUCACGGAGUGACCCACUCAAGGAAAUGGAUACAUGGAUUCGCAAUGAGUGUUACAGUCUGAAAAAUCUGAGGAUUGAACGACUCUCGGGUCAGUUGUUGUCGAUGGAUCAGUGCUACAUCAACCUCGCAAUUGUGCGGCACCGCCAUCAAGACGCCCAUCCCUUAGAACAAGGGGAUGCUGCGCAUCAGUCGUCUCCCUUUUCACUCUUCCCUCGACUCCAGGUUAAGGAGCGGCACGAGGAAACGCAGGUUUCCUUGUCGACCAUCUUCAGCCCCCGCAAAGGACCUAAUGGUCAUACGAAACAGCCCAGACGAAUCUUGAUUCGAGGACAGGCCGGGGUAGGAAAGACCACGCUGUGCAAAAAGAUUGUCCAUGACUUUACUCAUCAUGGUAUGUGGGGAGGGUUAUUCGACCGCUUACUCUGGAUUCCUUUACGGAAGUUGAAAGGACAACAUGAGGGAUACAAUAUUCAGAGUCUAUUCCGUGACAUAUACUUCCUUAACCAUACCGACAGGACAAUUUUCGCACGUAAAUUGCACGAGGCGAUAGUCAACUCGAAAUACGGAAAAACUCUCUUUGUCCUCGAUGGCCUCGACGAAGUAUCUCUAGAUUUUCGGAAGGAUGGAGCCAUGUUUGAAUUACUUCUCUAUCUCUUAAACCGGCCUAACGUCAUUAUCACAUCUCGACCACACGGAGUUCUCCCAAGUCGCCUGGACCUUCCCGACCUAGAGCUGGAGACUCUCGGAUUCUACCCUGACCAGGUUAUGACAUAUCUUGAGAAAACAUUUCCUGACACGCAAAAAUUUAAAGAAAUUCAGUCAUUCCUCCAAGAUCAUUGGCUUAUCCGGGGUCUCGUUCGGAUUCCGAUUCAGCUGGAUGCAGUCUGCCUCACUUGGGACGAUGGCAACACCUUCAGAAAGGUCCCGGAGACCAUGAGCGCGGUUUACCGAGCAAUUGAACAAAAAUUGUGGAAGAAGGAUCUUCCACGCUUGGAGAAAAUAGUGAGUGGAAAGCCAUUGCAUGACGCUGACAUUCAAAGAGCUUCGCCAUCAACUAUAGAAAGCCUAGCCAGGGGCGAGAUCCUUCUGCUUGAAAUUCUAGCGUUUACCGGACUGCAUAACGACGUUAUUAACUUUGAUUCGGAGUUUUUGGACAUGAUAUACGCGUCUUUGACAUGCCGGGAAUCAGUUUCUCUGCCUGACCAGGUUCUCGCAAAUGUCUCAUUCCUUCGGACGUCGGAUCCUUCAUCACAGGAUCGUACCCAAUAUCACUUUCUCCACUUGUCCUUUCAAGAGUAUUUUGCGGCACGGUAUUUCGUACGACAUUGGAAAGCUGGACAACAACUCGAAUGUCUACAACUCGAAGGGGAAAGCAUUAAGAAAAUAUCACCUAUCCUUUUUCUUCAGAAGCAUAAAUACUCGACUCGCUAUAAUAUUCUGUGGCGGUUCGUCGCCGGGCUACUUCAACCUAAAGAGAUAGACGUACUACAAUUUUUCAAGGCCCUCGACGAACCACCCGACCUUCUGGGCCCGGCACACCAGCGACUGAUCAUGCACUGCUUAAGCGAAGUGACGUGCUCGAACAGUCAAAGAGAUUUCGGUUUAGUUCGCGAAAAGUUGGAAAAGACAUUGUCCGAUUGGCUGCAUUUCGAAUGCAAUUUCAGAGGGCGAGCAGAACUAGCACGCGAGACAGAGUUUCCAGAAAAUGUGGUGACCUCUAUUCUACUGAACGGGCCUGAAGAGGAGAGGGCGUUAGUUCUAGAAUCCCUAGGAAGACGCCCCGGGAUCCGGUUGAGCGUUGCGACAGCGGCUACCUCUUUACUAGAAGAAAGCCAGUCUAUGCGUUCGAAGAUAGCUGCAUGUAGAGCGCUCGAGGGCUAUCAUGGACAAUUGCCGAAGGAUAUACUCAAGAAGCUUGCGGCACGACUCGAGGACCAAGAUAGGUACGUCAGGCAGGCCGCCCUUGAAGUCCUUCAAGGUCAAUCCUCCUUGCCAGACGAGAUCCUCGCACGACUCGAACACCAAGACUGGUACAUUAGGCAGGUCGCCCUUAAAGUCCUUCAAGGUCAAUCUUCCUUAUCUGACGAGAUCCUCGAGAAAGUGGUGACACGACUUGAGGACCAAGAUUGGUACGUUAGGGACGAUGCCAUUGAGGUCCUUCGAGGUCAAUCCUCCUUACCAGACGCGAUCCUCGAGAAAGUUAUCGUACAACUCGAACACCAAGACUGGGAUACUAGGCAAGCGGCCCUUAAAGUCCUUCACUAUCAAUCCUCCUUAUCAGAUGAGACCCUCGAGAAAGUUAUAGGACGACUUGAGCACCAAGACUGGCACGUUAGACUAGUAGCCUUUCAAGCGCUUCGAGGUCAAUCUUCUUUAUCAAAUAAGAUCCUCGAGAAAGUGGUGAUGCGACUCGAAUAUCAAGACUGGGAUACUAGGCAAACGGCCUUUGAAGUCCUUCGAGGUCAAUUCUCCCUGUCAAACGAGAUCCUUAAGAAAGUGGCAGCACGACUCGAACACCAAGACCAGGAUGUUAGGAAGGCCGCUCUUCAAGCUCUUCAAGGCCAACCCUCCUUGUCAGACGAGAUCCUCGAGAAAGUGGUGGCACGACUUACGGAUGAAGACGAAUACGUCUGGCAGGACGCUCUUGAAGUCCUUAAGCGCUUCUUCUCCUUACCAGACGAGAUCCUCGAGAAAGUAACAGUACGACUCGAAGACGAGGGUGUUAGGCAAGCGGCCCUUAAAGUUCUUCAAAAUCAAACUUCCCUACCGGAUAAAAUUCUUGAGAAAGUGAUCAUACGACUCGAGGACCAAAACUGGUACGUUAGGCAUAUGGCUAUUCAGACUAUUCAACAAUCCUCCUUAUCAGACGAGAUUGUUAAGAAAGUGAUGAUAAGACUCAAAUAUCACGACUGGAGCACUAGACAGGCGGCCCUUGAAGCCCUUCGAGGUCAACUCUCUUUAUUAAACGAAAUCCUCGCGAAACCGAUGGUUUAUCUCGAAGAUCAAGAUCAACACGUUAGACAGGCGACUCUAAAAGUCCUUCAAGGUCAACCCUUGUCAGACGAGAUUCUCGAGCAAGUAGUGGUACGACUCGAAGACCAAGGUGAGUACGUUAGAGAGGCUGCUCUUGAAGUCCUUCGAGGUCAAUCCUUAUCAGAGAAGAUCCUGGAGAAAGUGGUAGCACGACUUGAGGACCGAGAUCAGUACGUCGGGCAGGCGGCCAUUCAGACCCUUCAGGCCUUUCAAGGCCAAUCCGCCUUAUCAGACGAGAUCCUCGAGAAAGUGGUGGCACGACUUGAACACCAAGACUGGGGGACUAGAGAGGCGGCCCUUAAAAUCCUUCGAGGUCAAUCCUUAUCAAACAAGAUUCUCGAGAAAGUAGUGGCGCGACUCGAACACCAGCACUGGGCUAUUAGAGAGGCGGCCCUUGAAGUUCUUCAAGGUCAAUCCUUAGUAGACGAGACCCUUGAGAAGGUGGUGGCACGACUCGAGCACCAAGACCAUAUUGUCAGGGAGGCCGCCCUUAAAGCUCUCCAAGGUCAAUCCUCCUUGUCAGAGGAGAUCCUUCUUAAACCUCAAUGUACGGAGCUUCUCUACAAGAGUUGGCUGCAUCGCAGUUUUGAUGAACAGAUUUAUGGGUAUCUCGCUGGCUAUGGGUUGUCUCUCAAUACUCCGGAAGGCGUCAAAAUGUUCUCCUUUAUGAGCGAAGAUGGCCUAGUUCGAUUUAGAGGCAGGGUUAAGGACGUGCAAUCAAACUUACAUGUUCCUAAGAAGUGGGAUACCGGUUGA